AUGACUCCAUUGGGAGACGGGGGAGGGUUAGAUGAACCACCUUCUUUCUUUCUCCAUACCUUAACCAUUAUCACGGUGAAGCAAAAUGGGAUAUAUGGGGGAGAAGGGCGGGGGAUACGUGUGUUCAACAAAUUCUCUCACUGCAAUGAUGACAAUAACGAUGACGAUGACGAUGGCACCCCUACUCGAUCCCCUCCACAUCACUCUACACCUCGAUCGGCAGCACCGGUCAUGUCGCAGCACUACUAUCUUUACCGACCGGCUCUGCAGGGCAUGGGAAUGCAUGCAUCUUCCGCGCUCCAUUAUAGGAAACAGAUGGAUGUAGCGGUAUUCCCUUGUCUUAAUUGCUUACUCGAUUACACUCCAAAUAGCUGGAAAAGAGCUUGUCUUCGGUAUGGGUCAUGGGCUAUCAAUUAA